AGCGAGGCGCGCCCCCCGGCCCAUGCAGCAGCCACGGCCGCGGAUCUGCCACGGCGCCCGCGCCGCCGCCCUCGCCGGAGCCCACGAGACCUGCAUGGACGGGCAUGGGCUUGAGAGCAACACCUUCCUGCGCCGCCGCCGCUGCCGCCGGGGCUGAGCAUCGUCGCCGCCCCCGGCCCUGCCGGCCGCCCCUGGCGCUGCUGCUGCUGCUGCUGCUCAGCCUCGGGCUGCUCCACGCAGGUGACUGCCAACAGCCGGCCCAAUGUCGAAUCCAGAAAUGCACCACAGACUUUGUGUCCCUGACUUCACACCUGAACUCCGCCAUUGACGGCUUUGACUCUGAGUUUUGCAAGGCUCUGCGUGCCUAUGCGGGUUGCACCCAGCGAACUUCAAAAGCCUGUCGUGGCAACCUUGUAUACCAUUCUGCUGUGCUGGGUAUCAGUGACCUCAUGAGCCAGAGAAACUGUUCCAAGGAUGGACCCACAUCCUCUACCAACCCCGAAGUGACCCAUGACCCUUGUAACUAUCACAGCCAUGCAGGAGCCAGAGAAUACAGGGGAGGGGACCAGAACCCUCCCAGUUACCUUUUCUGUGGCUUGUUUGGAGAUCCUCACCUUAGAACUUUCAAGGAUCACUUUCAAACGUGCAAAGUGGAAGGGGCCUGGCCACUCAUAGAUAAUAAUUAUCUUUCAGUUCAAGUGACGAAUGUGCCCGUGGUCCCCGGAUCCAGUGCUACUGCUACAAAUAAGAUCACUAUCAUCUUCAAAGCCCACCAUGAGUGUACAGAUCAGAAAGUAUACCAAGCUGUGACAGAUGACCUGCCGGCUGCCUUUGUCGAUGGCACCACCAGUGGUGGGGAUGGUGAUGCCAAGAGCCUGCGUAUCAUGGAGAGGGAGAGUGGCCGCUAUGUGGAGAUGCACGCCCGCUACAUAGGGACCACAGUGUUUGUGCGGCAGCUGGGUCGCUACCUGACCCUUGCCAUCCGAAUGCCUGAAGACCUGGCCAUGUCCUAUGAGGAAAGCCAGGACCUGCAGCUGUGUGUGAACGGCUGCCCCCUGAGCGAACGCAUCGAUGAUGGGCACGGUCAGGUGUCUGCCAUCCUGGGGCACACCCUGCCUCACACCGCCUUGGCGCAGACCUGGCCUGGCUACACACUGGAGACUGCCAACAGUCAAUGCCAUGAGAAGAUGCCAGUGAAGGACAUCUACUUCCAGUCCUGUGUCUUCGACCUGCUCACCACUGGUGAUGCCAACUUCACCGCCGCAGCCCACAGUGCCUUGGAGGACGUGGCAGCGCUGCACCCGAGGAAGGAACGCUGGCACAUUUUCCCGAGCAGCGGCAGCGGGACUCCCUGUGGAGGCAGUGACUUGUCUGUCAGCCUCGGACUCACAUGCUUGUUCCUUAUUGUGUUUUGGUAGGGAUUGUCUUUUUGUUUUGUUUUUUUAUUUUUUGUCUAUAACAAGAUUUUAAAAUAUAUAUUGUCAUAAUAUAUUGAGUAAAAGAUAAGAGUAUAUAUGUAUAUACCAUGUAUAUGACAGGAUGUUUGUCCUGGGACACCUACCAGAUUGUACAUAUUGUGUUUGGCUGUUUUCACAUAUUGGUUUUAGUGUUUUUUGAUUGUAUUGAUUUUGUUUUGCAGUUUUGUGAAAUGUUUUAUAAUGUCCCUGCCUAGGGACCUGUUAGAAAGCACUUUAUUUUUUAUAUAUUAAAUAUUUAUGUAUGUAUCUGGUUAGUAUGUAUAAUACAUAUACACAGACACCAUACGCAGCGUUCCCUUUUAGGAUGACCAGUGACGUUGUUCUUAGCAGUUCUUGGCUGUUACCUCCUGCCCUUCCCCAUUGCUACUGAUAUGCCAUGGUGGGUAGUUUUCACCUGUUGCCUCCUGGUGAAGCGGCCUCCUUCUUUUGAACUGUGUUCUUACCCCUUGUUCUGCCCUUUCUCGGUUUGAAAGAGAAGGUUAACCUCCCACAGCCUCUCCUUUACAGGUACUCUUGACUCUUGUUAAACACUGAUCUUUAGGUAACUCUCUGUUUAACAGCUGUCACUUUUUCAGGAGGUGGGGGAGUGUUAUUCCAGUUCUAAUUGACCAGGAUCGUUUUAUUUGAGCACCUACAAUGUAUUAGUUUGAAUGAUAUGAAACUGCUGUUUUUGUAGGUCAAAGGGGUCAAGUGAUGGUGGCAAUUUCAUGUAUAAAUACCAGGCAUUGUGCUAGGCCCCAGAAGUUCCCAGACUGUUUCUCAUUUCAUGCCCCUGUUUAACUUACAGUUUUUCACUCUUGUAACUAUCCUGCAUUACACAAACAAAACAUAAAUUUAGUGAUAAUCA